GUCGGAUUUCUUCGUCUCGAGUUCAGUUCGGCAUCUCGACCCAACGUCUCGCGACUGGCGCGGCGCGAUGGAAGGCCCAACGCCUGCAACGUGCCUGAUCUGCAUGGACGAACUUGCAUCACCGAUGAACGGAGUGCCAGGCAAGCGGCGGCAAAAGACGGUGUACAAACCAGACGACUGCUGGAGAUUGAGAUGCGGACACAUGUAUUGCGUCGGGUGUUUGUCUGGGUGGGUUGCGAGUAAGAUCGAGGAGCGCAGUGUCCCGAUUGUGUGUGCUUCCCUGAAUUGCUCACGAGAAGUUCGCCCACCGCACAUCGCCGCCAUCCUGAGCGGCAAGUUGUUUGAGAAGUUCAGCGAACUCGUGACGGCCAAGAUGUACGAAGCGGACAGCAUGUACUGCCCGAACAAGCAAUGCUCGCAGGUGUUUGUGAAGCCCUCUUUUCGCCCUGGUCAAGAGAAAACCACUUGUCUCCUUUGCGAAACGAUCCUGUGCCUGCGAUGUCAGGUCGGAUGGCACGAUGGACUGAAUUGCGACGAGUACAAGCGCAUGAUCGCGGCAGGCGGCGACUCAGAUGAAGCGCAACUGUAUCAGCUCAAGUAUACGUUCCAGUGGAAGCAAUGCCCGAAAUGCAACAUCCUCGUCGAGCGCUCCACUGGGUGCAACUACAUGCGCUGCAAGUGUGGCGAGCCAUUUUGCUACGCGUGCGGAGUACCCUAUGCAGAGAAGGUCCCGACGCCAGACCACCCCCAUGGCAAGCCCGGAUGCCAAUGUGGGCUAAACCCACGCAACGCCGAGAAUGCUGACCGCGUCGACGUGGCCAUGGCAGGCGCUCUUGCCUUUCUACGCCAACAAUUGCUACACGGGAGAGCGGCAGCUACGCCGGAGGUUGCCGCCAUCGAUCUCGUACGCCAACGACUCCAAGAGUACCCUGUCGUUGAUGCCGUCCGGGAGCGUCUCGAUCGCAUGCCGGGGGAAUUUGAAGACAUUUUGCUGCGGCACUUGCCACUGGAUAUGCAUCAGCACCGCGUAGCGCUGCGCGAAAACUUUCGACGAGGCCUUGACAUGUUUCAGAACCACUUGCCGCUCCCCCUUGGUGCCGCCGCUGCCCCAGCGGUGAUUCCCCCGCCCCCUGGAGCGGGUCGGCGUGUCCCUCGCAAUAAUCGAAGGGUGGUGCAGCCGGCUCACCUGGCGCCACUUGAACCGCCUCCAGGGCUUUUACCACCUCCUCUCGUCGCCCCGCUCGAUGUUCCCGUGGACUUUUUGGCGGGACGACGCAUCACUCGCGCUGGUCGAAUGGCGGCACUUUUUCGCGAUGUGCGGCCGCCGCCGGGACCGAUUCCACCUGUCCCUUUCACAGUCAUGAAUCCACCACAGCGAACACUCCGGCAAUCCGCCCGCGCUGCUGCCAUCGAAGCGAGUAUAGCUGCGACCAACACAAAACAAGCAGCAGCUGCAUCAACAACACCAACUUUGACCGCUCAUCCAUCCUCGCGACCAGUAAGUAGAAAGCGAAAGGCAGAAGGGUAGGUGGAUUGUCAUCCAAACGGAGAUGUGCAUCCAGUGGGCAGUGGGAAGCAAAAGCGUGUUGAAUUGAGAGAAGAAGCCUUCGAGGAGGGUCGAAGUUUGCUGCACGCCAAGAGAGGCCGUGCUUCUUCAGGAAGCAUGGCAGUGCAAUGGAAAUCCCGCGCCAGUUCACCGAAAUGCUGCCUCUUCGAUCUCUUACUUUCGUUCCUACAGGGAACGACGGAAAUCCUUCCCCCGUG